AUGUCAGAUGAACAUAAGCUCAGUCUGAGGAGCAGAUGUGAAUGUGUGACUGAAGGAACUGAUGAAGCAGGAGGUAGAACCCGUCUAAACCGGAUCUACACUGAGCUGUACAUCACAGAGGGACAGAGUGAAGACGUUAAUACCCAACAUGAGGUAAGGACGCUGGAGACAGUUUACAAGAAGAAGAAGAUCAUCCAUGACACACCCAUCAGGUGUCAGGACAUCUUCAAAGCCCUUCCAGACCAGCAGAACCCCAUCAGAGUGGUUCUGACCAACGGCGUGGCUGGAGUUGGAAAAACCUUCUCGGUGCUGAAGUUCACUCUGGACUGGGCCGAGGGUUUAGAAAACCAGGACGUCAGUCUGGUGGUUCUGCUGUCCUUCAGAGAGCUGAACCUGGUCGAUGAGCAGUACAGUCUGCUGACGCUGCUCCAUGUUUUCCAUCCAACAUUACAGAAGGUCACAGCAGAGCAGAUCAACGUCUGCAAACUUCUGUUCAUCUUCGACGGACUGGAUGAAAGCAGACUUUCACUGGAUUUCAACAACUGUGAAGUGGUUUCAGACGUCACACAGAAGAAACCAGUCAACGUCCUGUUGACCAACCUCAUCAAGGGGAACCUGCUUCCAUCAGCUCUCAUCUGGAUAACUUCCAGACCUGCAGCAGCCAAUCAGAUCCCUCCUUCAUGUGUGGACAGGAUAACAGAAGUCCGAGGAUUCACCACUGAUGACCAGAAGGAGGAGUACUUCAGAAGGAGAUCCAGUGAUGAAGAUCUGUCCAAGACAAUCAUCUCACACAUCAAGAAAUCCAGGAGUCUCCACAUCAUGUGUCAAACCCCAGUCUUCUGCUGGAUCAGUUCUAUGGUUCUGGAGCACAUGUUGACUUCAGACCAGAGAGGAGAUCUGCCCAAGACCCUGACCCACCUGUACUCACACUUCAUCAUGGUCCAGACAAAGAGGAAGAAGAAGAAGUAUGAAAAAGGACAUGAGACCAGUCCAGAAGAGCUGACAGAGGCUGACCGGGAAGUUCUUCUGAAGUUGGGUAGAUUGGCAUUUGAACAACUGGAGAAAGGAAACAUCAUGUUCUUUGAAGAAGACCUGGAGCAGUGUGGUCUGGAUGUCACAGAGGCCUUGGUUCACUCUGGGGUUUGUACAGAGAUCUUCAAAACAGAGAGAGUGAUCUUGAAGAAAACAGUCUACACCUUUGUUCAUCUGAGUGUUCAGGAGUUUCUGGCAGCAGUCUACAUCUACCACUGUUACAACACCAACAACACAGAGGUACUGAGGAGUUUUCUGGGACAAUGGGACCAUAAUUCAACCCUCAAUGUCUUCCUGAGAGAAGUCAUGAAAAAAUCCCUCAAAAGUAAAAAUGGUCACCUGGACCUUUUGGUUCGUUUCCUUCAUGGUCUUUGUCUGGAGUCCAACCAGAGAGUUUUAGGAGAUCUGCUGGGUCCAACAAAGAUCAGUCCAGAAACAAUACAGACAGUCAUCAACAUCCUGAAGAAAAUAAACACAUGGAGUAUCUCUCCUGACAGAAGCAUCAACAUCUUCCACUGUUUGACGGAAAUGAACGACCAAACGAUCCAUCAGGAGAUCCAAGAGUUCCUGAAGUCAGAGAACAGAUCAGAGAAGGAACUCUCUGAGAUCCAGUGUUCAGCUCUGGCCUACAUGCUGCAGAUGUCUGAGGAGGUUCUGGAUGAGUUGGACUUGUGGAAGUACAACACAUCAGAUGAAGGACGAUGGAGACUGAUUCCAGCUGUGAGGAACUGCCGAAAGGCUGAACUUGCUGACUGUGCACUUUCAGAGCUUCACAGUGAAGUCGUUGCCUCAGCCCUGAUGUCAAAUCCUUCCCAUUUAACAGCGCUGGACUUGAGCAGAAAUGACCUGAUGGAUUCAGGAGUGAAGUUGCUGUCUUCUGGACUUCAGGGUCCACACUGCAGACUGGAGAUUCUGAAAUUGAACUGGUGCAGUUUGUCAUGGAUCAGCUGUUCUUCUCUGGCCUCGGCUCUGGAGUCCAGUCCUUCCCAUCUGAUAGAACUUGACCUGAGCAAAAACUACCUGCAGGAUUCAGGAGCGAUGCAUCUGUGUGGUUUUCUGCAAAUCUGUCGACUUAGAAGUCUGAGAUUGUUGAGCUGCAGUUUAUCAUGGAUCAGCUGUUCUUCUCUGGCCUUGGCUCUGAAGUCCAAUUCUUCUCAUCUGAUACAACUGGAUGUGAGUGGGAACGAGCGUCAGGAUUCAGGGGUGGAGCAGCUGUGUCCUUUUCUGCAGAGUCCACAUUGUAAACUCCAGACUCUGGGACUGAACAACUGCAGCUUGUCAGAGAUCAGCUGUUCUUCACUGGCCUCAGCUCUGAAGUCCAACCCCUGCCAUCUGACUGAACUGUACCUCAGAAACAACCAGAAGAUUUCAGGAGUGAAUCGGCUGUGUCACUUUCUGCAGAGUCCAAAAUGUAGUCUGCAAACUCUUUGGUUCCAUCAUGCUGAAGGUUGGCCAUCACAUUCACUGGAAUCCCAAAGAGUGAUGAUGAAGAGACAGAGGACACAUCAGAGUCUACAGAGUCCAGCCGCUGGUCUGUGAAGAGUGACCGGUCCAAAGAUCCUCCUCUACGUUCUGAUAGUGAACCUGGACCCUCAGAGAAAAGGUACCAUCAACACUAAGACCUUUUGUAACUGGGUUCUUGUGUGAAACUGGUCUUAAAAACAGGACACGGGGCUGAAAAUUCAACCCAGAUGUAGACGAAUGUUCUGAAGCAGGUUUGGAAACACUCCUAUUUGAAA